AUGGCGUCCCCUCCGCUGCCCACCAGGGCCAGAACUGCUAACGAUUCCGAUGAUGAUGUCGUGGCCGAGGGAGACCCUUCCAGCACCGCCGGUCUGUUGAUCGAGCGGCUGCAGGCGUGGAAGCACAUGUGUGGCUAUCUCGAGAACUACAUCUCCGCCGUCGCCAAGGAGCAGGCCGGCCGCGCCAAAGAUCAAGAGAAAGUCCUCAAGACACUGUCGAGUCCGCUUCGGGAGGCUCAUCACUUCGACUCCGCUUUGGGGGGCGUCGCGGGUCUGUUUGAAAACUUGCGGGCUAAUACCCAAGCGCAAAUCAAUCUGUACACCGAAACCUCCAAAAACCUCACUGGCUCCGUGCUUCCCAUCCUCGAACGCCUGCACGUGGAGAUUAAGAACAAGAACAAAGAAAUCUCCAGCGGCACCGGGAAAGGGACGAAGGCUGUUGAGGCGGCGCGCACACACUCGCAGAAGCACAUCGAGCUCCUAGGGCAACAGGCUGCUCAUUUCGACUCGGCUGGGGGCAAGGUGUCGGCGCAACAUGACCCCUACGUCGUCAAGAGAGGGACCCUUUACCGUCUCAACAGACAGCUGCUCGAGGAGAACAGCAACAGACAAGAUCUGAUUGCGGUCCAGAAUGCCUUUGCCAAGUUCGAGUCGCAUGUGAUGCAAACGGUACAGACGGCACUGAACUCUUACAACCAAUUUAUGAGCGGCCAGGCAGAUCGGCAGAAGGCCAUGUUCGGCGACAUUGCCUCCACUGCCAGCAAUAUCCCGCUGGACUUUGAAUGGAAUGGCUUUAUCAAACGCAACCAGCACAUCCUGGUCAACCCGAAUGCGCCGCCUAGGACUAUGGAUGCCGUGUCUUUUCCAAACGAGAAGCACCGUUCCACCAAGGCACUGAUUGAAGGUACCCUGGAGCGCAAAUCUCGUGGGAUGGGUGCUCUCAAAGGGUACAGCAGUGGAUACUAUGCUGUCUCUCCUGCCGGCUAUCUGCACGAGUACAAAGAUAACGAUAAUUUCCAGAAGGACCCCAGUCCCGAGGUCUCGUUGUAUCUCCCAGACUGCAUCAUCGGGGCUGUGGACGGGCAGAAGUUCACCAUCAAAGGCAAAGACUCGUCGGGAAGCAAGUUGGGCCAGAAGAUGGCCAUGACGUCCGACUUCCAGUUCAAAGCGCACACCAACUCGGAUGCACAGCAAUGGCACUCGAUCAUCGCCAGUUUUGCCAACUCGUCCAACAGCGUGCCCACGAGCCCGGCAGAAUCUCGUAAUAUCACCCCUAUCACCACGAGGCUGGAUGAGAAUCAGACGCAGGGGGUAACGAGUGGACCGACAAGUGCAGCGACCCCCAAGUCUGCGCAGCCCACGAGUGCCACAUCUGCUGCCACACCGUCCUCAGCGGGAGCAUUCAACCCCGGGCUCAGUUCGAACGGGUCACAAAACGUGAAAUUCGCGGGAAAGUAG